AUGAGCAAGGAGAAGAUUGGUGACAUUCCAAAAAUAACCCCUCUCCAAAUCGCAUUAGGCUAUCCGCGGUCCGAUCCUUCCAGCCGAUUCUUCGUGCAGACUUAUAAGAAAUUUAUUGAUGGGUAUAAGACCCGCGAUGGAGUGCCUGGGGUUUCUCUGAUUAAGUGGAGCGAUGCAAGACAGAGAAUUGAACUCGAGAAUAUGGCGAAGAGAUUUGUAGUCAUAGAAGGCCGAGGACAGCAAUUCUGGCCAGCAAGUCAGGGCUCUUCUUCUGGGGACUCACUGAUCUGGGGACAGGAUUCAGAAAGAAUCGUCAAGCUACUUACUCAACUUUUCUUUCGCCACAACCAGCAAGAACACCAAAGGAGUCUUAGCUCACCAUCCAAAAAGAAACAAGCUGUACGCCACGAGAGGCAGAGGUCCCAAACACUUGGACAAAGUAACGCCGCGUCAGCUUCAGUUCCAAGCGAUGAAAUGGACACGGACCCAGGGAACGAAGUCGAUUCGGAUGAUGAUGCCAGCCUUCCAGAUAUAGACCACAUUCGUUUACGCCCUAUGGGACCAGAUAUUCAUACCUCAUCGGCAGGCAAUAAGAGCAACACUACACCGCCACCUCAAGCGUCCACAAUUGCCACAAAUACUCCGAGCAACACUGCAAUCUCUCCUGAACCAACUGCCCAUGUUGCUCAGAUGACUGAACGCAUAGAGGCUACCAGCGUAGCGGAAACAAUCGCUCGGGCUAUUGACGGUUUUCCCGAGAAAUACACAUCAUCAGGCCGCAGCUGCCGGCCAGUCCAACGUCUUAAUUUUGUUGAAACACCAACCUUUGAUACGGAGGAUGAUUCUCAAUCCUUGUCACCACCUCCAAGUCGACAGAGCGAUCCGGGAUCUCGGGUUAGUCCAGAGCUUGGAACAGAGACUGCUGGGGCUUCUCAUGUCGGGACCUCGCAAAAUCCUCGAGCUACUUCAGAGCCAAUGUCCUUUGACAGGACUCAUCUGGUUACCGAAGACAUAACCCCUGUACAAGAGGCAGAUCAGGCGACCAGUGCUAUGCCUCCACCUCCUCUCCCUCAGACCACAUAUCGAACACCAGAGAUCACCACUAGGAGACCAAGAUAUAGCAUUAAAUACAGUAUCGAAAAGUCACCUGGAAACCUCAAGCUAUGGGAACAUCACGGUAAUUUCGACAGCAUGCCAAUGUCGGAGUUUCAAUUUAUCCAUGGCUUCGAUGAUAUUGACGCUGUUCAAUUUGUUGUUCAGCGCGAAGGUAGGAGUUGGGACGAUAUAGUUCAUAAAAACGACGAUGUUGAGUUUCAAGAUAUGAAGGUUCGCUUCAAAGGCCUAAUCAGAAAUGACCUGGAUAGGCUUGGCCCCAACAGCAGCUAUGUUCCAUACGAUAUCUGGAUCACACCAAUUAGGAGUUCCGAAACCGAGGAGAAGUAUUUUCGAGAGCAGACGAUCGCCUUGUGA